CACAGGGCCAGCAGACAGUUACUGCUGCUGCCAGUUUCCUAAUCAACGGCAAGCCUUGGGGACGCGCAGUGAAAGCAGAGUCGUCCCAGGUGCCCGUGUGGUUGGCACACUCUUCAGUCAGCCAGCACCACAUUUUCACCGACUCCUCUAGAGUGUUGCCUCAGGCAAAGGUACGUUAAGCCUGAGUCCGAAGAGGCUGCAGUUUUCCAGAAAGGACACCGUCACUGUCAUUACUGAGAGUCUCCUACUCGGCUUCAGAGGGAAGACGUCUUCCAACGCUUGAAGCCUCCAAGCCGUCAAUAACCCCAGAUGGCCUCCCGAGGAGAUGAGAAUGCAGAACUGGAGGCAACCUCAGCAGGUGGUACCCCAGCGAGCCAGGUGGAACCAGAGGUGGUGAAUAACUCUGUCUACCAGCCCAUUAAUGGAUCACAAAAUCACCAGAAGGAGAAGUUACAGGCCCUUGGGGCCGUCCAGAUCAUGAAUGGAGCAACAAUUCUGGCUCUGGGUGUUUUUCUAGGUGCCUUACAAAGCAUAUUUCGUCCCUUCCGCCCGUUUUUCUUGGUCUUCUACACAGGCUACCCACUAUGGGGUGCUGUUUUUUUUAUUGUUUCAGGAUCCUUGUCUGUUGCAGCUGGGAGAAAGCCCACAAAAAAGUUGGUGGAACACAAUUUUGGAAUGAAUAUUGCCAGCACUACCGUUGCUCUAGUUGGGUUUGUUUUGGUCUCGAUCAAUUUAGCAGUUAAUAAGUAUUCUCUCAAGGGAUGUCCAUCUUCAGAGUCACUGGACUUAUGCAUUUGCAUGGACGUCUUAUCAAACGGCAUCAUGUCUCUAAUGCUCAUCCUUACCUUGCUGGAAUUAUGCAUCAGCAUCUCUGUUUCAGCCAUGUGGUGUGCAGAAAACGCAUGUAAUUCCAGAAAGGCGAUUUCCUCACCUGGUAAUUCUGUGUAAGCAGAAAUGCCUCCUGAUGAAACUAAAUCUGAGAGCAAGGAAGUUCAACCUCAACUCUCCAAUGAGUCAGAGCUUCAUCAAAGACCUCAGGAAGACAGGAGC